UUGACUUUUCUCGCUUGGUUGACGCACCUAAAAAGCUCAGAUUAUAAAAUCUAGUUCGUCAGAGAAGCUUUAAUACUCAAAGCAAAGGGUUGGAAGAAGCUGCUUACGAAAGAUCGUAAAACCGAUUUCAUUAUGAUAAAGAUCCUGACAACUUUUCAAUGUGCUUUGGUGGCCAUUUUAAUGGCGGUUUUGGGUCUUGCGACUGAUUACUGGAAAGUUUGGUGGAUGGUUGAGAAAGCCACGAAUAUCAAACGAAUGUAUAAUGCUGGAUUAUUUUACGAAUGUUCUGAGGCUACGAAUAAUAAUUCAGUUCUCAUUAUCAAUCAUGACUGCACUUCGCUUAAAAGAGAAGAUUGGGCUGGUGCYGUUGUUGCAUUCAUUAUUCUUGCAAUGAUUUGCCACUUGAUUGCAUUCAUCUUUGCCUUGGUCAAUGCAUGCCGUAAAGGAGAACCCUUCCCAGUUUUCUGGGUCUGUGGCCUCUUCUUAUUUGCUGCUCUCUUUGUCGUGAUUGGCUUGUUGGUAUAUACCUUCAUUAACUGGGAGAGUGACAUCUACUUCAGUUGGUCCUAUGGAGGUGGCUGGUCAACAGUAGCGCUAUCCGUUAUAGCGUUGGUCCUCAUCUUGGCUGAUCGUUGAUCCUGGCUUAAAACUUAGCACAGCAUUCUCGUUGCACAGCAGAAGAAACCAUAAUCAUAUUUAAAUUCUCCUUUAAAAUUCAAAUGCAAUGAGGAUUUUGUUUUGAGAAUUUUUCAGUAUUAAGACCUUAUGUGACACUGAGGACGAAAAGGUUAAGAGAGGUGAAGUUUGAGGAUUUUGAAUGUGAUUAUGGUUUUAAGUAAAGAGAAUGUAGUGGUAUAAGAAGUAUCAAAACUCUGAGUUUGGCAUGCAAAAAAAUGACUUUCAACAUUUGUUGUGCUAUAAUAUAAAGAAAGUAUAAAAUUUGUACACUUGUAGACAAAAUGUAGCUUUGGUACAGAUGCUCCAAUCUCUAAAUUAAACCCUGGCACUUUACAUGGCUACUUUUUUUAUGUAUUACUUUAAUUUCACUAUGAAAAGGUUUAAUUAUUGGCCUUUUCCCCCUGGUUUUUGCAGAUAUUUUAAUUCCUAAAUUUAUGGUAUAUUCAAUGUCAAAGGAAGCUAUUUUUUUGCAUGUCAUUGUUGUUGUCAAAUAGUCCGAAAGAAAGUAAAUUUGUUUUUCUAACCCAUUAAACAGUAAGUUUAAAAAGCUAAUAUUCCCCAUGGUCAAGGUGUUACUAAGCUAUGCAGUACAAAAAGUUUUAAAUAUUUUGUUUAUCAAAACCUAUUUUCCCAGAACCACUGUAAUAUUAAAUAUAGGGUGUUGUAGUUUAGAGUCUAAUUUUGUUAUAGCAUACAUGAAGUUCCUUGUCACUAUACUUGGUUUAUAUCUACAUUUGUGUAUCUGCGUAGCAAUUCAAGUGCUAAAUGUCCUUUUUUAUUUUCUAAGUUUUGAGUAAGAUAUUAAUUUAAGUAAACAGGCAGGCAGAAAGAUCUGGUGUACCAUAUAAUAUGUAUAAGUUCAUAAAUCCUUUAUAAUUCUGCUUAGUCUUUAGCAAGUCUGAAUGAGGACUCUGCAUCCAAGUUAUUUAACAUUUUUUGUUUAUUAUAAGUAAAAUGUAGAUGUAGACUAAAAGAUUUAGAUGUAAGAAAAAUUCCAAUUUAAAGGCUGCUUUGUCGGGAUAAAAGUCAUCAAAUUUCAAAAUCAUGAUUUAAACCAGGCAGUGCUUACUUGCAUUUAUGCAUGGUAAAUAUGCUGGACUUCAGAAGUACCAUUUUGGUUUUCUCAUCUAGAAUCUAUGCUGUUUUCGGUGUUUAUGUACAGUUUAUAACCAAAUUUUAGUUGUUUAUUUCAAUAUAAGUUAACCACUAGAUAGAAGGAUAACUUUACAACUUCCGCAAAGCUAAAAAAUGUCGCCGUUAUUUCCAAGAUAAAGUGUUUUUAUCUGACGUAGUGAGUGACAACAAUGUCUAUGUUAUUGUAAGUAUUUUAGUAUUAGUAGGAGUGCCCUAAAAAUUAAUACUCAAUGUUGCUAC